UCCAAUUGGUCAUAUGCAGAUAAUCCAUCAAUUGCAAUAUUGAUUGUUUUAUUUUCCCUCUUGGUUGUUGUAUAUCUUAUGAACUUGUUGAUUGGAUUACUCAAUAAUGCAAUUGAAGAAGAUAAUAAUAGAGUCUCAUAUUUGUUACAGAAGGCAGAAAUUUUGGCUGAGAUUGAGUUAUUUUACCUAUUACCACAUCAGAGACGUUGGCGAACAUGGUUUCCUGAAGUAAUACAUUAUUAUGCUGAUGUUGAUAAGACUCGAAUAGAAAUUGAAAGAUUGAUUAAAGAGGGUGAAUGGGAUAAUAAGGAAUUCAUAAAUAUGCAAGAAAAAUUAUUGGAACAACUUCAAAUUAAAUGUAAUCCUAAUGACAAUAAGGCAAUAUUGGAGAAAGUAAAAUCUAAUGAUGAGAAAUUAGAUAAGUUAGAGAAAUUAGACAAUUAAUAUUACAUUAGUUUUAUAA